CCUGACCAACAGUCCAACAGCAAGGAGACACGGCCGAGAGCCAUGGACUGGGACUUUCAACACACUGACUGGUGAGGACUGGUUCUGAAUGUAAAGUGAAUAAAGAAAUGAAUAAAUGUCCAGAUGCCCUGUGAAGAUGCGACCUGUGGAGGGGACGGAUGCAAGCAACAUGAGAAAACAAAUGGACUUCUAUGGGUUGCUGAUCCUUUUUGUGGGUGCAUCUCCACAUGACAGAAGCACAGAAAUCUCAAGCGUGUAAAAAUUUGUUUAGAAAAUAAUCCACCAUGUUUACACGCUGGCUGCUGGCCCUGGCGGCCCGUGUCUGCCUCAUUGUGGUGGGCCUCUGCUGCUGUCUGUCUCUCUUCUACCUCCUGGCCUGUAAACCUGUGUCUCAGAGCAGCAAGCAGACUUUGCUUUGGUCUGGAGAGGCCACCAGCAAGGAGGGAUACAUGGCUUUGUUGCAGGAGAGGGAGGACUCUCACAGACAUUACAUCAACAGCUUGACAAAGCAGAUAGUCCAGCUGAAAGAGGCUUUAGAAGAGAGGACCCAGCAGCUCCAGGAGUCCCUGGCUAAAGCAAAAACCAAAGGGAUUCUGCCUCAGGGUCUGGAGAGUCUGCACAAAACCCCGACCCAGUCCGACUUGAAGGAAUUCUUCCGCUCCCAGCUGAACCAGGCAGAAGUAAACUCAGGUGUGAAGCUGACCAGUGAAUAUGCAGUGAUUCCUUUUGACACUUUAACUCUGCACAGGUUGUACCAGCUGGAGAUGGGUCUGACCCGUCAUCCUGAGGAGAGGCCUGUGAGGAAAGACCAUAGGGACGAGCUGAUCGGUACAGUGGAAACAGCACUGCAUGUUCUGAAUGGACCUCAGCAACACACAGACAACACCAGGCGGAAGCAAACGUUCUCCCCAUCAGACUUCAUAGAGGGUUUAACUCGUACAGAGAGGGACAGAGGGACCAUUUAUGAUCUGAUGUUUAAAGGCGACAGCCCACAGGACUUCACGCAGCUUGUGCUCUUCAGGCCUUUCGGCCCCGUGAUGAGGGUGAAGAGCGAGAGUGUGGACACGCGCAAAAUGCUCAUCAACAUCAUCGUGCCACUUUCCAAGAGGCUGGACACGUUCAAGCAGUUCAUCAGUAAUUUCAGAGAAGUGUGCAUCCAACAGGACGCCAGGGUUCAUCUCACCAUCGUCUACUUUGGGCGGGAUCAGAUAGACCAGGUGAAAGUUGUGCUGGACCAAACCACCAGAGAGACUCACUUCAGGGGCUUCACACUGAUUCAACUGAACGAGGAGUUUUCUCGUGGUCGAGGCUUAGAAGUAGGCGCCAGAGCUUGGAGGCGCAGCCAGAACGUCCUGCUUUUCUUUUGUGAUGUUGACAUCCACUUCACAGCUGACUUCUUAACCUCCUGUCGUCUCAACGCAGAGCCCGGUAAGAAAGUCUACUAUCCUGUACUCUUCAGUCAGUACAACCCAUCCAUUAUCUACAGUAACCAGACACAGCUUCCCUCUGUUCAACAGCAGCUGGUGAUAAGAAAGGAAACUGGAUUCUGGAGAGACUUUGGGUUCGGUAUGACAUGCCAGUACCGGUCUGAUUUCAUCAAUAUAGGUGGUUUUGAUCGUAGUAUCAAAGGUUGGGGGUUGGAGGACGUGCACUUGUAUAGGAAGUACCUUCACAGCAAAUUGAUGGUAAUUCGCUGUCCAUCUCGUGGCCUUUUCCACUUGUGGCAUGAGAAGAAGUGUGGAGAUGAGCUUCCUCCAGACAAGUACAAGAUGUGCAUGCAGACCAAAGCCAUGAGCGAGGCCUCGCAUGGCCAGCUGGGGGAGCUCUUCUUCAAACGAGAGCUUGAGGCUCAUUUGAACUCAAAGAAAAGAGUGCUAUGAUGUUCUGGUUUUCAUGAUCAUUUAGAGUGGAGGAAGAGAACAGUGCUUGUUUUCAGCAGUCAAUAAUAUGACAUCAAAACAUGUUUGUUUUAUUAAAAAACAUGAAGAAUGUGAUCUA